UUACGAAGUGAAUGGAGUCGAGCGGCAGAAAGGCCGUUAUUCGUAAAGCGGAGUUCUAAAUAAAUAGGUCUUUUAUACCAUAUUGUCUGAAUUAGUAAGGAGAAGUUGUUUAUAAACAUGCGAUUUUUAAGUAAUUAUUGCAGAAGCAAUGUUCGUUUGACUGGAAAGACUAUUGUUAUAACAGGUGCAAAUUGUGGAAUUGGGAAAGAAACAGCCAGGGAUUUAUACAGAAGAGGUGGACGAGUAAUCUUAGCGUGUCGUGAUAUUAAUAAAGCAAAAGAAGCAGUGGAUGAUAUAAAGGAAAAUCCUCCAAGUUUCAGAGCUUAUGAAAGCAAUCCUGAAGACGAACCAGGACAAUUAGAAAUUCGUCACUUGAAUCUUACUAGCUUCGCAAGUAUUAAGAAGUGUGCACAGCAUUUAUUAUCAACUGAACCAGCCAUUCAUAUAUUAAUCAAUAAUGCAGGAGUGUUCUUGCAUCCAUUUGAAAAAAGUGAAGAUGGCUUCGAGACUCAUUUCCAAGCUAAUCACUUGGGACAUUUUCUUUUAACACUUUUACUAUUACCAAAAAUUCGAGAAUCUGCACCAGGUUGUAGAAUAAUUAAUGUUUCAUCAUACUUGCAUAAGGUUGGUAACAUAAACUUUGAGGAUUUAAAUUUGGAGAGUUCUUAUACUCCUUUUAAAGCUUAUUGUCAAAGUAAACUGGCCAAUGUUUUAUUUACCAAGGAAUUGAGCAAAAAGUUGCAUGAAGCUGGAAUUGAGGGUAUAAAUGUAUAUUCUCUACAUCCUGGAGUAGUAAAAACAGAACUGGGUCGAUAUGUAGAUAGAAGCAUUUUUCGAGGUGCAAGGUCACUAAUGAGAUUAGCCACUGUUUUUGGGAAAACUGCUGAACAAGGUGCUCAGACGAGUUUAUACUGUGCUGUAGAUGAAAACGCAGGAAAAGAAACCGGCCUAUAUUAUGAUAACUGCAGAGUAGCAUGCACUUCAUCAAAGGGUUGUGAUUCUGAGUUAGCUAUGCAAUUUUGGAAGCGUAGUUGUGAAUUACUUAAUCUACCAUCAGAAGUAGAACUAGAAGAACUGUUGAAAAUAUUGAAUAAGAAACUAGUUGAACAAUAAGGUAGUAGAGAGUAGUUUACAAUGUUCAUAAUGAUAAAUUUAUGCUAAGGAUGAAGAAAUUUGAAGAUGGACGUUUUUGAAGACCAG